UUAUGACAAACGCGUAAGUUCUGGUCCUCUGGAGUUCCCAUUUUCGAUCUACCACCGAUUCAAGCCAAGGCCUUCUGGGCUACUGUUACUCCUUCCUCUUUCUUGUCUGCAAUCACUCAACUUUUUCAUGAACUUGCAAUCACAGUUGCAAUUGAUGAGUGUCCACAUUCUUCUCAGAUCCCUCUUUCGAUCAGAAUAAGAGAGAGAACAAAAUCCCUCAAAAUCUUUAAUUCUUAGUAGCAAUGAAACCACUGAAUCAAGUAAUUAUGCUUUUUGCGAAACCAAUUUGCAGCAUUUUCCUCCUUUCUUUCUCUCUCAUCAUCGCCUUGAUCUUCUUAUCCCCUUCUUCUCUCUUCUCUGAGCUCUCAGUUCCUUCAUCACCAGGUGUGCGAAUGGAUAUAUGGAGCCUUAGGCGUGUUGCAGAAUGGCGACCUUGCAAAUGGUGGCUCGAGGAAAAACCAGCUGCUCUACCAGCAAAGACUAAUGGGUAUAUUCGUGUGGAUUGUUAUGGCGGGCUCAACCAAAUGAGAAGAGAUUUCUGUGAUGGUGUUGGCAUUGCCCGUUUGCUGAAUGCAACCCUCGUAUUGCCAAGAUUUGAGGUUGCAGCUUAUUGGAACGAAUCUAGUGGCUUUGCAGAUGUUUUUGAUGUUGAUUACUUCAUUCAACAAUUGGAUGGAUUUAUUCAAGUUGUCAAAGAACUCCCACCAGACCUUGCAUCAAAAGAGCCUUUUCAGGUUGAUGGCAGAAAACGCAAAGGCCAGUUUGAUUACAUCGAAACAGUGCUUCCUGCCUUGUUACAACAUCGAUAUAUAUCAUUUACUCCUCAAAUGAGCCAAAGGAGGGACAGGUAUCCUCACUAUGCCAAAGCUUCUCUGUGCCAAGCAUGUUACAAAGGAUUGCGUCUUACAGAAGUCUUGGAGAAGAAGGGAGCCGAGCUAUUCCAAGCCAUACCUAAACCAUUCCUAGCCCUUCAUCUUCGUUUUGAGCCUGAUAUGGUUGCUUACAGCCAAUGUCAGUACACCGGGCUCACCACUGAAUCCAUGAAAGCAAUUGAUUCUGCAAGAGGAGAGAGAAAACCAUGGACGGGGGAAGCAGCCCGUAUUUGGAGAAAGCGUGGAAAGUGUCCUUUAACUCCUCGGGAAACAGCCUUCAUCCUCCAUUCACUCGGCAUUCCAAGAAACACGAACAUAUAUCUUGCAGCUGGGGACGGUUUAAUGGAAAUCGAAGGGUUGACAUCUAUCUACUCCAAUGUAUAUACAAAGUCCGGGUUACUUCGUGAUGAAGAUUUCAAGACCAUGCAUGGGAACACAAAAGCUGCACUUGACUAUCAUGUUUCCAUCAACAGUGACUCGUAUAUUGCUACUUACUUCGGUAACAUGGAUAAAAUGGUUGCUGCUAUGCGAGCUUUUAGAGGUAUGUAUAAAACGCUGUUUUUGAGUCGGAAAGCUUUUUCUGAGCUCACUUUCCAAGGGAUGAAAGGGAAGGAACUGAAGAGGGAACUAUGGAAGGUGCAUAGAGAUGAUUUUGUUAUGGGUAUAGGUUCGGCUUUACCUGAUUGUUUUUGUGAAUUCAAAUUGUAAGAAUUGAUCCUCAUUUUUUUGUCAACAAAUGUAUUCCCUUCCUAUUUUUGAUUGUUUUUUGUGGAUUCAAAACGAUCACCUUUGAAGGCCUACAAGUACAAUCAAACGGGUACUCUGUAAAUGUGUCGCCAA